AGUUCAAACCCCCUUGCUUGGGAUUAGCUACCUAUUUCUUUCCUCUGAAUUUUUUUUCAAUCUCUCAUUUUUAUUCCUCUGCCUCAUAAUUAUUCAUAGUCUUUAUUUUUGGGCCAUUGAAAUUUCGUCGAAAGUUUAUAAAUACAAUUAACUUUCCAUAGUUUUUUUAUUUCUUAAGUUGUUGAGAAAAAAAAAUGACUAAUUGUGAAGAAACUCCCUUGGAUCCAAGAGCUGGCUCAGUUGAAGAAAUCAAAGACAAAAAUGGGAUUACUCAAAUCAUUCUUCGAAAUCAACGAGGCGCUACCGUUCGGAUAAGCUUGUAUGGGGGGCAGGUUCUUUCAUGGAAAAAUGAACAUGGAGAUGAAUUAUUGUUCAUGAGUAGCAAGGCUACGUUUAAGCCGCCGAAUGCAGUUCGAGGUGGGAUCCCCAUUUGCUUUCCUCAGUUUGGAAGCCGUGGCCUGUUAGAACAACAUGGAUUUGCAAGGAAUAGAAUGUGGGUGAUCGAUGAUCAACCUCCUUCACCGCGAAAUGGAUCAAAAGGCCAAGCAUCGAUUGAUUUGUUGUUAAAACCUUCAGAUGAAGAUCUUAAAGUGUGGCCUAACAGAUUUGAGAUUCGUAUCAGGAUUUCACUAUCAGAGGAAGGCAAUCUUAAUUUGAGAUCGCGUGUUAAGAACGCUAAUGGCAAGCCCUUAAGUUUCAAUAUUGCAUUUCGCACAUAUUUUGCUAUCUCAGAUAUCAGUGAAGUUCGAGUGGAGGGAUUGGAAACUCUGGACUACCUUGACCGUCUGCAGGACAGACAACGAUUCACAGAACAAGGAGAUGCCUUAACAUUUGAAUCAGAGAUUGAUCGAGUUUAUCUGAGCUCUUCAGAUGUAGUGGCACUCUUUGAUCAUGGAACCAAAAGAACAUUUCAGAUAAGAAAGCAAGGACUCCCUGAUGUUGCGGUGUGGAAUCCAUGGGACAAAAAGGCAAAGGCAUUGGCAGAUCUUGGAGACGACGAAUACAAGAACAUGUUAUGUGUGGAUGGAGCUGCAAUUGAGAAGCCAAUCAAUCUUAAACCAGGGGAAGAAUGGAACGGGCAGUUAGAGUUUUCGGUCCUGUCUUCGUGUUAAUCAAAGGACAAAACAACUCUAGGUUGAUGAAUUAUGAUCAAAGUUUAGAAAAAUUUAAUAAUCAUGAAUGUUUGCUCAUUUUUCAUGGCAACAUUUUUGCUUAUCAUUAUAUACUGACUGCUAAGUAUUAUCUGCAGCUUCAGCUACCAUUAGAAGAAAAAAAAGAAAACAGAACUUCUUUUUUGGGGAGAGGGGGUCUAAUUUUUGUUUUUAUUUUUAUUUUUAUUUUUAUUUUUAAUUUUUUGGGUAAGGCGGGUAUAACUUAAUUUCUUGAGGUUGGCAAAUUGGUAAGUUCAUUAUUUGCAAAGUGUAUAUCAAUUAUGCUCUUUGGCCCAAAAAAAUAUUAACCCCAUGGGUCAAUGAGGUUGUAAAACUUGUAUGAGUACUACUUUUUUUUUUUUUUUUUUUUUUAAUAUAUAUAAAGAACAUAUUUCUCAUUUC